AUGAACUUGAGUACAGGAAAUACUUAUAGCAAUGGUUUGGUAUAUGCCGGUUUUAAUCAAGAUCAAGGAUGUUUCGCUUGUGGAAUGGAAAAUGGAUACCGUGUUUACAAUUGUGAUCCACUGAAAGAAAAAGAACGUCAUGAUUUUGAAGGAGAUGGAGGUCUUGGAUACGUCGAAAUGCUUUUCAGAUGUAAUUAUUUAGCACUAAUUGGUGGUGGUGAUAAGCCUGUUUAUCCAACUAAUAGAGUUGUCAUAUGGGACGACAUCAAAAAACUACCAGCAAUUACUUUAGAAUUCAAUGCACCUGUAAAAGGGGUUAAAUUACGACGGGAUAGAAUUGUAGCUAUUCUAGAGGGUGUAAUAAAAGUAUUUACAUUCACACAAAAUCCACAGCAGCUACAUGUUUUUGAGACAAAUCCAAAUCCACGAGGACUCUGUGUACUAUGUCCGAAUAGUGAUAAUUCAUUACUGGCUUUUCCGGGUCGCAAAAACGGUCACAUACAAAUUAUAGACUUGGCGAAUACAGAAAAACAACCUUUAAAUAUUGAAGCACAUGAAACACCAUUAUCAUGUAUCGCUUUAAAUUUACAAGGUACUCGAUUAGCAACAGCAUCAGAGAAGGGUACAUUGAUACGAGUGUUUGACACACAAACUGGUACAAUGAUUAAUGAGUUACGACGAGGUGCUAAUCAUGCUAAUAUUUAUUGUAUAAACUUUAACCAUGACUCGACGUGGUUAUGUGUUGCAAGUGAUCAUGGUACAGUCCACGUAUUUGCAGUUGAAGAUCAAAAAUUAAACCGUCAGUCUAGCUUGGCAUCAGCAACAUUUUUACCAAAAUAUUUUAGUUCUAGUUGGAGCUUUUGUAAAUUUCAAGUACCAGGUGGCCCACAAUGUUUGUGCGCAUUUGGUACUAAUAAUAGUAUUAUAGUUAUAUGCGCCGACGGUAGUUAUUAUAAAUUUGUAUUUAAUAAUAAAGGCGAGUGUACACGUGACUUUUAUGCGCAGUUUCUUGAAAUGACCGAUGACAAGAUGUGA